AUGACGACAAUAGAAAAUGAAAGUAAGAAUGAAAAAAUUUCUCAAGAUGAAGAACUUAUCAGAUUAAACAAACUUUUUGCUAAUCGAUAUACUGAUGAUGAUAAAGAAUAUAUUCAAAUGGCGAAACCACGUUCAAAAACUCCACCUAUAGUUAAUGAUUGGAAUCAAGAUAAAAAUAAUUAUCGAAAUCAACGACGUGUUUAUUCAAAGGAUCAUUAUAAUAAUAAUAAUCGAUAUGAAUAUCAACAACAUAGAAAUCAUUCACAUGAUAAUCGUUAUCGUCAAGAUCGUGAUCGAAGUCCAUCAUAUUAUCAUAAAUAUCGUCAAUAA